AUGGCGAAUAACGACGGAGCAGUGACUAACGGCGUCAUAACAGAGCAGACAACAACAACGAAAGGAACUCUUAACGCCGUGAAGAAACCACCGUCUAAAGACCGACACAGCAAAGUCGAUGGAAGAGGGAGAAGGAUUCGUAUGCCGAUAAUCUGCGCGGCUCGAGUUUUCCAAUUGACAAGAGAGUUAGGUCACAAAUCCGACGGCCAAACCAUAGAGUGGCUACUCCGUCAAGCAGAGCCUUCAAUCAUAGCCGCCACCGGGACAGGGACAACUCCGGCGAGUUUCUCCACCGCUUCUCUCUCCACUUCUUCUCCUUUCACGCUCGGAAAACGCGUCGUGAGAGCAGAGGAAGGAGAUCCCGGCGCCGGGGGAGAGUUAACAGUGGGACCCACAAUGGGUGCUUCUCCGUUUAUGGGUGGUGGUUCUGGUGGUGGGUUUUGGGCGGUUCCAACGAGGUCGGAUUUCGGACAAGUGUGGAGCUUUGCGACCGGAGCUCCACCGGAGAUGUUGUUUACACAGCAGCAGCAGCAACCAGCUACACUCUUUGUCCGUCAUCAGCAACAGCAGGAAGCUUCAGCCGCCGCAGCAAUGGGUGAAGCUUCGGCGGCGAGAGUCGGGAAUUAUUUACCGGGUCAUCAUCUCAAUUUGCUUGCUUCUUUGUCGGGUGGGAAUACCGGGUCGGGUCGGAGGGAAGAAGAAGACCCACGUUAA